AUGCCCGUCCCCUCCAUCUCAGUCCCCGGCACUCUCGUCAUGAAGGGACCCGCCAACCAGAAGCCGCGUACCCAGCCCGUCAUUCUGAGCGCGGACAUGGCGCCCGCCGACAGCAAGGUCUCGUCCAACCCCGCCGUCCCUAGCCAGGCCGAUCAGCCCGAGCAGUCCAACGACCCCCAGCUUACGCACGACGAGCACAUCAACCGCAUGAAGACCCUCGGCGCGCCCGACUGGGGCAUCGAGUUGAUGCGCCAGGUCCUCAACAUCCAAGACGCUCAGCGCGCAAGUGAGAAGGCUCUGCAAACCUUCAUCACUUCUCUCCGUGAGAGGCAGGGCGCGGCGCUGGAGCUUGCCGACUCCAUGAACGAGCUGGCGGAAGAGCUUCGUGGCAUUGUCGAUCUUCAGUCUCGCGGGGCUGACAAUGGUCCCACCCCUCCUCACUCACCCUCGGGUCCCUCGGCCGUGCCCGAUGGCGAAUGGGGCUACAUCGACCUCAAACUUCCCCUGCCUAAGCCACCCGCUAAUCUCGCUGAACUUCGUGCCAUGGAUGAGCAACGCCUCACCGGUUGGAAUGUUAUGCUCGGCCUCGGCGAGGAUGGCACGGUGCAGGAGCGCCAGCAGCGUCUCGCCGACUACUUCGGCAUGACCGAGUGA